CCCUCCGUAUCAUGUGAUUCAGGUGUUACAAUCCCCUCCCAAUCAUGUGAUUCAGGUGUUCCAAUCCCCUCCCAAUCAUGUGAUUCAGGUGUUCCAAUCCCCUCCAUAUCAUGUGAUUCAGGUGCUCCAAUCCCCUCAAUAUCAUGUGAUUCCGGUGUUCCAAUCCUCUCCAUAUCAUGUGAUUCAGGUGUUCCAAUCUCCUCCCAAUCAUGUGAUUCAGGUGUUCCAAUCCCCUCCAUAUCAUGUGAUUCCAGUGUUCUAAUCCCCUCCAUAUCAUGUGAUUCUGGUGUUCCAAUCCCCUCCAUAUCAUGUGAUUCAGGUGCUCCAAUCCCCUCCAUGGACAUAGGUGUAUACAAUCAAGCCCCUAGGCAUGCAGACUGCUUCUACAAA